CGUGGUGGACGUCGAGGAGAGGAUCAUUGGCGAUGAAGACGGCGGAGGAACAGACGUCGCCGACGAGAUGAAGAAGGCACAAGAAGAAGACGGAGACGGAGAAAGCGAAGGGGGAGACGGGGAAGGAGAAGGAGGAAGAAAGAAGGAAGAGAAGAAUCACAGAACCAAAGGACACUAUCCUCGACGCGCGGGAGCAGCGACAGCGUCCGUGAACGGGAGGCAGAACGGCCAUCGAACAGAGAUCUACGAGUCUGCAAGCGCCAAGGACUCCAAGAUCGGAGUCAGCAGCUUCUGCAAGGCGUUUCCGUGGCACUUCGUCUGCAACAAGGCCAUGAGGAUCACGCAGAUGGGCUCAGGUUUAUUGCAGGUCUUUGGUUCCCAGCCUUUGCGCCAUAACGAGGAGGUCUCGACGUGCUUCUCGCUGACCUCGCCUGAUUGCACGAGCUUGACCUAUGAUCAGGUCAUCGGCAGGAUCAACACGCCGUUUGUCCUUGCUUUCCGUCUGUUACCAUCUCUCCCCUCUCUCCCCCCGCAGAACAUGGGCCUCAAGGGGCAGAUGGUGGUGUGCCCCGAGAGCGACUCCCUCCUCUUCGUGGGCUCGCCCUUGCUCGACGGCCUCCGCGCCCUCACCUCCCACGGCCUCUACCUCUCCGACAUCCCCAUCCACGACGCCACCAGGGACGUCAUCCUCGUCGGGGAGCAGUCCAGGGCUCAGGACGGCCUCAAGCGAAGGAUGGUUCAGCUGAAGGACUCUAUCGAGGAAACCAAUAACCAAGUGGACAAGGAGCGGGAGAAGAACGUGUCGCUUCUCCAUCUUAUCUUCCCUCCUGACAUUGCGAAGAGACUGUGGAUCGGGGAGACGAUCCAGGCCCAGAAACACGACGAGGUGACCAUGUUGUUCAGCGACAGUGGCUUCACCUCCAUCUGUUCAACCGCGACGCCCCUCAUGGUGAUCAACAUGCUGCAGAGCCUCUACACGCAGUUCGACGCCUUCUGCGGCCAGCUCGACGUGUAUAAGGUGGAAACAAUCGGCGAUGCAUAUUGCGUAGCUGGCAACCUCCACCGCCGUAGUUCGUGGCACGCUCACCAGGUGGCUUGGAUGGCGCUCAAAAUGAUGUCCUCGUGCACGUCUCACACGACCCACGACGGUCGUCCAAUACAGAUGCGGAUAGGCCUCCACACGGGCCCUGUCCUGGCGGGGGUGGUUGGCACUGCGAUGCCAAGGUACUGCAUGUUCGGCUCCAACGUGACCCUCGCCAACCAGUUCGAGUCGAGUUCCGAGGCACAGAGAGUUAACAUCAGUCCGACAACGCACAGGCUCCUCGUCGAGACCCCGGGGUGGCAGUUCACUCCCCGCCAGCGCGAGGAUCUCCCCAAGACGUUCCCGAAGGAGCUGCCUGGCAUCCCGUACUUCCUUGACACCUAUUACCAUUCGUCGGUGGGGAAGGAGAGCUCCCUGACCGAGCACAUUGACUCCGCUUUGGACGACCUGGGACUCAAGGAAUACUGAAGGAGGAGCUAAAGAAGAGAAGGAGGAGGAGGAGAGAAAGACAAAAGAAAAAAAAGAGAAGGAGGGAAAGGGAUAGAAGGAUAGGUUGAUAGAAAGAAAGAAGGGAGAUGUGAGAAACGAGGAAUAAAUCAAAGAAGUAACAGACUACAGGAGAGAAAUAUUCUAGUCACUAGGUUUGAAUAAGUUCGAGUGCUGUGUUGAAAGUUAUACAUAGAAAACGAGGAAGAGGAGGAGGACAGGAGUAACUAAAGAAUUUGAAAGCACGAAAACCGUAACGCUGGAAAAGAGAUAAAAUUAGUGAUAAAGAGUUUGAAAAAUGUGGUGAUCCUAUGGAAACAAAGUAGAAUGAUAAAUCAAAUCAAAAUGAGUGACAUUGCGAAAGAAAACGCAGCGAGAAGAUGGGAAAAUAUGAUCAAACACAUGAAACGAGAGAGAGGAAAGGACAAAUAGAGAGAAAGAAACAGAGAGACAUUUUAUUUGUUUAUUGUUUGUUUAGCUUUUGACGUUUGUAGAAUCGCGUGAUUGUAAUUCUAGAUUAUUUUUCUCUCUCUCACCACUUGUGAUGUUCGAUUUAAGCGAUGUUGCUUUGUUAAAUGC